GCAUCACUGGCUGCCAAGGGUAGCAGCUCCUCGAUACCUUACAUAGACUGCAGCGAUAUAGAUAGCGAAUAUGAUUUGGUCAAAGGUUGCAUCACCACACCUCGCUCCCGCACACAUGACAAUGAUGAGGUUGAGCCAGUCAGGCGUAUAGCAGGAAAAAGUAACGGUUAUGGAAGCAGUCCGCAAAUUGGCAACGGAGCGAUCCGGUCUAGAUUUAGGGAAUCUCCUUUGACCAGCCAUCGGUUGGGUCAGAGUUCAGACACCUUCAAUUGUAGCCAGUCGUCGAAUGGGUCAUUUUGUGGAAACGGAUCACCAAGGGUUCUUCCCUUCAGCAGUACCCUGGUUGACGAAAUGUUUCAAGGUUCAGACAGACACGGGUCCAAGUCACCUACAAGCCACGUUGUAGCUUCCAGGAGUGCAAAUUGCAGCCCAGUGUUGAGUACUUUUCACAAAACCAGCAAUUGUGCAGAGCAGAUUGGCUGUAGUGGUCGUCGCUUUUGGGAUGAUGGUAGCCGUUAUCUUUCCAAAGGCCAGUCUGGGGGAGAGGCCCAACAUUAUGGGAGCUACUCCCCAAUUGUCAGUCGGUCACCGCAUUUGCAAAAACUGCAUAACGGUAUGCGUAACCGCUCCGACACAGACCCCAUGAUUCUGAGCCAACUGAGUUCCACUCCGGCUAAUAAACUACGACCGGAAGGCUCGAGGGCCAAACAUAUGGCUGCCGUAGAGCAGCGUGUUUCUACUAACGGCCAUGGUCAAGCUCCAUCCAACACUUUCCAACAACUCUACGGAAGUCGACUGAGUGCUAAUGACCACAAAAGCCCGGUCCAAAUGAUAGACGGUUCAACUAGCAGUGGAACAGAGUCUAGUGAUACCGAAUCUGAUGCGGGCAGCCAUUCUUACAGUCAGCCUUUGGUGUUUAGUAACCCUGCGGCAGCUGGUUCCUCCCGAAGCAAGUUCUUAUUCGGAAAUUUGGCGGAUAAAGGCCAAGGGAAAGAGGAUGACUAUCUUCAUCCUGUCAAUAAUGAGGAUGGGGCACAAUUCUUUAAUUGCUAGAAAGGAUGGCAGGUGCCUUUGGUUAUUGGUUGAAAGUAGAUGCAUUUUAUCACUUUGCAAGAGUGGCACUAAAUGGAAUUGGCGUCUGUUUGUUUUAGUGGUCAAACGGUAAAGUUACUGACCGUUUUCCGAACAGUGUUUUUCCUUGGUGAUGUAUAAACUACACACUAAACUGAUGAUGUCAUCAUGCAAGUUUUAUGUGUUUUUAUCUUAAAUAUAGGGAAUUUUCAACCAUUAAUCUUAGAAGAUAAACUUGUACCAAUCCAUUCUAGUCAAUAUUCUGGCUAAUACAAUGGUGACCACAAGUUUUGUAAAUACUUUAAAGUAUUGUGUAGCAUUGCUCUCUGUUUAACUUUUGUUUCUAAUGUUUUUCAUUUGGAAGAUUUUCAGAGGGAUAGCUACUGUACAUAAGCUAGUUUACUAAUGUGACUCGACUUUGGUGUCAACUACGAUUGAACAUACUGACUGGUUUUGUGUUGUAAUAGAUGAACUACAGUAAGCUCAUCUUUUGCUCUGUCAUGAGGUUUUGUAGACAAAAGUUGAAAACAACAAGGUUUCCUACCUAGUCUUCCCACGCUUCAGCUGGUUUUAGCUUGGUAAAUGUAGGCUGACAGUAUUUGUUAAUGGUUUAACAGCUAAUGGGUUUUAUUAUUUGUGUGACGUGUUGCGUGUCGAAGGCUUCUAUCCGACCGUGAUGGCUUCACGCAACCUUUUUCAGAUUUUGUUUUUUGCUUGUUGAAGCUUCUACUGGUUUCACUUGGGCGCCAAUCUGAUGGCACUGUCAUGUAUGCUUGCCCAUUUUCCCAGCAUGCAUCACUCCUUUAAACACACAAAAACAUUUACGUUUUGCUUUGCUGCUCAAUUUCCUUUUUCUAAGCAAACUGCCGUAUCUCUGGCACUCCUCGUCAAUGUCAUCUGUUUGCGGCUCAUUGGCGAUGCUUUCUGAACAAUUAACCUGUGCUCGGUUUGCAUUGCUUAUAAGAUCCUCCUGCACAAUGACAGCAUGUGUAUUUCUGGAAUGCUUCACCUUUUUCCUCUUCUCUGGAAGCAUGUUGACCUGUCUUUGUCUCAACAAUUUGCUGCCCUUCCUUUUCAUGUGUGUAAAACUUGGGACUCUUAAAAUGCAGUGGUCUUUUGAAAUGGAAAUAGAUACAGGUGAGCUUUAGACAGACUGUAAGAAGUGUUUUUAUGCGGUUUGGCUGUUUGCUUGCUGUUUAGGGUCCGGAAAAAGUAAACUUUUAAAGACUGGGUUCAAAGUGCAAGUUUUCAAAAACGACUCAAUGUUAACGCGAAUCUGUGAUAACGUCAUUAAUUCAGUUUGUAGGCAUGCGUAAAUAUAACUAUAACAUGAACAGCAGACUAAAGGACUUUGUUCUGCUGAGUUUAUUAACGCUUCUUCAAUAAAGUUUACAAAACUUUUGCAUCUAUAUACUAAAGAAACACUUCGAACAUCGCCAUCUACUGGCCUGGCAUGCAUAAUACAGUUAAUUUAGUCGUUUUUAUAGAUUCAUGUAAACAUGGAUCUUGUUGACAACGUUAUCAUGCAAAAAAUGAAACAUCGUUUUAAUGUAGUAUUUGUUUUUAGGGUGGAAACUUUACAUAAUGUGGCACAUUGAAAGCACAUGGACAUGUUUUUGUGUUACUAUGGUGGU